UAAAAAGUGGGUGUGGCCAAGGUUGUGUUGAUGCUAAGCUGCUAGCUAAAGGUGUUUCUUAAGCCUUAAUGGAUUUUCUGUUAAAAAAACUGGCGCAUAGACGUUCAAACAACAUAGUUUUAGGAGCGCAGAGGAAUGCACAGACCGGUAAAUAUCCCUGACAAAAACGGUACCUAGACCUAUGGUUGUGGUUAACAUGUGAAGUGUCGGAGUGCAAGUCAACGCUGCAAAUUGCACAAACAAAACUGUUAGCAUUCUCGCAGCCACUAGCAAGCUUACAUGUCAACAGGUUUCUGUGGUGUGUGUGUCUUUCAUGCUGGUUGCAUGAUAAUUUUAUGUAUAAUUGAGCAUGUGUCACAGUAGCUAAUGCGCUGGGAAAACCAACUCCUCCGUAAGGAAUAAGAAUAAAAUAUCUGAAGGGAGUCAAACCGCCUAACAAGCUGUCAAGACUUUCUGCAAAAAGCUACGUGAUAAGACAGGAAUAUAUUGGCAGUAUAUGACAAAUGUCCAUGAACGGCGGUCUUCCAAAAUGGUGACUGUUUUCCCAUUUACACCACCAUUCUCAUGACAGCAGCACGGAGAUAUGGGGAUCCUCAGAGUAGUAUCCAGAACCAUGGGUAGGAUCAGUGCUUUCAGAUCCUAUCAGUUUGUUCUUCUCCUGGCUGGAGCACUUGCUGUCGUAGCUUUUUACUACUUUGGGUCAGAGAGGCAGAAUUUCUCCAGCACUACCAAGAGGAUCAAGCAGACCCAUGCCAGCCACAAUAUCAACAGAAACGACGCCGAUCUGACUGUGGACACCAGGCUCUCACACACGCCUGGAUCUGAUGAGCUAGGGGAUGAACUGCGAGAUGAACGGGUAGACAGUGAGGGGCUUAGGUCCACGAAAAAGGAUAGUUCUGCUGCUGACCGACGCUACCAUGCACUCAUGAUGUUCACCAAAGUGGACAAGAGCCGAAGUCUGCAGGAUAAAUUCAGGGUGGCAAUGUUGUCAAUGAUAAAGCAUGGGCACUUCCUAGAGGGAGAGGUGUUGGUGCUUCAUUUUGUGAGUGACCAGGCAAGCCAGGAGCUCGGUGAGAAGAUGCUUCAGGAAUUUCUCCAAGAUGCAACAUUUAAGUACGAGGUGUUGUUUCAUGACGUGGUGACCCUCACACAGAAGCUCUUCCCAAUUGUAGAGUCCAUGCAGAAGCACUUCAGUGCUGGCUCUGGAGCAUACUACAGUGAUGCAAUCUUCUUCCUCUCUGUAGCAAUGCAUCACAUCAUGCCUGAAGGUCUGACCCACAUCGUGCAGCUGGAUCUGGACCUUAAAUACAGGACCAACAUCAGAGACCUCUUCCAAGAAUUUGACAGAUUUCCUCCUGGGGCAGUAAUAGGUAUCACAAGGGAGAUGCAGCCGGUCUACAGACACACAUUCUGGCAGUAUCGGAAGGAGAACCCCCACACCAAAGUAGGCGAACCUCCUCCUGAUGGUCUCCCAGGAUUCAACAGUGGUGUGAUGUUACUGGACCUGGGGGCCAUGAGGACCUCCGCUCUCUAUAAUCAGCUGUUGCAAGCGAACAAUGUUGCGAAGCUGGCGGACCAGUACCGCUUCAGGGGUCACCUCGGCGACCAGGACUUCUUCACCAUGAUCGGCAUGGAGCACCCUGAGCUGUUCUACCCCCUGGGCUGUGGCUGGAACCGGCAGCUGUGCACCUGGUGGAGGGACCACGGCUAUGGGGACGUGUUUCAGUUGUAUUAUCACUGUGACGAGCCCGUCUACAUCUACCACGGAAACUGUAACUCACCGAUACCAGACGACUGAAACAUAAACCAAACCUGUUCUGAAGCUGAAACAUGCUCAGCGGACCUCUGAAGUAAAGUCAAUAAUAUUUGUUGUCCGAGAGGAAAUGUUGGGACAUUUUCAGGGAGUUGCCCAUUUUCAUGUCUGUGCUGUCACCGACUCUGCCCCCUGCCGGUCAAGGGGUGAGUGACAGGCCCUCAAACGCACACUUUUUUAUGGCGUCCCCUGUCUGUCUGUGUAAGUGACUAAUACUUUCUUACAUUUGCAUAUAUAUUAAAGGUACAAAUGUAAGA